UUACUUGUCAGGCUAGUAAACCUUUAUAUAAAAUUUCAUAAAACGCUGUGAAUUUCAGCAAGUAGAAUAUAAUCAUUUUAAAGCAUCUUGACAGAAGAUUUAUACUUCGAUAUUAAAAAUCAAAACAUUUAAUAGAUUAAAGAAUGGAAAUUUUUAAUGUAUUGAUCGUGAUUGGUCUUAUACAUUGUUCGAUAUUUUUUUUCGACACAGUUUUCAAGACCUGUUCACAUUUUCCAUACAUAUAUUUUUUAAAAAAUACUGGAUUAGAAGUUCAAUUAAUGCGAAUAAAUUGGUUUACUACUGUAUUUAAUCGCAAAAUAAUCAAAUGGGGUAUGGAUCGCUCCAAAUUUUGGACAGCAUGGUUCAAUGCUGGAGCCAUUAUAAGUGUUAUUUUUCUGCCAGUUGUAAUGAUUGCUAUCUUAAGAGCGACAUUUAAUAUAUGGGCUGCUGGGCCAUCUACAUUAGACAAUAAAAAUACAGCUAUAUUACUGGAACCAAUGUUGCCUGGUAUAGAUAUGCCAUUUAAUGAAAUUGGAUAUUAUAUAGUAACACUGGUAGCUUGUACCAUAGUUCAUGAACUUGGUCAUGCUUUAGCUAUAGUCAGAGAAGAUGUACAGUUAUAUGGUAUAGGAAUAUCAUUAGUUUUUACUAUACCAAUAGCUUAUGUCCAUAUGAAUAAUGAACAAUUUGUAUCAUUGCCACUACGUAAUCAAUUGAGAAUUACAUGUGCAGGAGUUUGGCACAACAUAAUUCUUGCAGCUUUAGCUGCAGUAAUUCUUUUGCUUUCAACAUGGUUCUGGGCACCUCUUUAUAAUCUUUAUAGUGGAGUCUAUGUAAAAAAUAUUUUAUCUAAUUCACCUGUAAGAGGUCAAACAGGUCUUUUAGAACAUGAUAUAAUAUAUAAAGUAAAUAAUUGUCCGAUUAAACAUAAUGAAGACUGGUACCAAUGUAUAUUAAAUACUAUUCAUCAGCCUGCUCUUGGAUAUUGUGUUAAACAAUCUUUUAUUCAAGAAUAUGAUGAAUCAGUACCAUCUAUACAAAAAAAUGAUGGAGUAGUAAAUUGCUGUACUUUAGAUAGUGAGACAACUGGAAGUCUAUGCUUUGAAUACAUAGAAGGGCCACAAGGUGCACCUCUCCAUUUACCACCACAUUCCUGUCUUCCAGCUAGAACCAUGAUCAAUCAGUCUCAAAACUAUUGCCAAGCAAGCCACGAGUGUUCUUCUCAAGAUACACAUUGUAUAAAACCUUCUUUAGAUAAUGUAACUAAGAUCGUACAAAUAAAACGUAAAAUGGGAAAAGAUGUGUUAUUUUUUGGACAUCCAGCUGAUAUUUAUAGAACAGUUGAUGUAUCAGAUUGGGUUCCUAAAUACAAUUUUUUAAAUCCUAGCAUUCCUGAAUCUCUAGUCCUACUUUGUAAAUAUAUCACAAUGUUUUCAGCUGGAUUGGCUAUCAUCAAUGUGGUACCUUGUUUCUUUUCAGAUGGUCAGUACAUUAUAAAUAUACUUGUUCUUUAUGUAUCGGAUAUAAUACCAUAUAAUAGGGGCAUUAGAGAAGCGUUAACUCUUACAAUAACAAGUAUAGGUACCAUACUUCUUAGCAUAAAUAUAGUGUAUUUACUUAUCAAUAAAUUAUUGUAAUUUAUAACAA